CCUGGAAUGCGGUCAUGCUAACGAUGCAUAUUCAUGAGGCCCGCGCGGAGCUCCCGCCCUGCCGGCCUCCCGCCUUCCCGCUCCCGGCGCUUGAUUAAUAUUCAAUGAGCCCAGCUCCGCGGCUGGUUCGCCGGGGUGAGGUGGGGGGAGCGGGCGGGGCCUGGCUCUGGGGAGCCUGCGACCCGGGCGGGGAGGGCGUGUGUGGGGGGGCGGUGGCGGCGAGGCGGGCGCGCGGGAUGGAACACCGAGACACCGACGGAAUGCUCCGAAUUGCCACAUAAUCCCCUGGAACGGCCGCGCCGAACGCCAUUGGCUUCUCCCUCUCCGCGCGCCGCCGCCGCCGCUGUCUCCCACCUUCGCCUUACCUCCUCCCUCUCCGCCCGCUGCCUCCGGAGCUGGGGGGGAAACGCGAAGCCCCACUGCAAUGGAGCCCGCCGCCGCGGCCACGGCGCAGCGACUCCCCGAGACCAGCAGGGAGGACCGAGCCUCAGCUCCGGCGGCAGCGGCGGCGGCAGUGGCAGCGGCGGCAGCAGCUCUGGCGGCGGCGGCCGGGGGCGGCCGGAGCCCGGAGCCCGCGCUGACCCCGGCGGCCCAGAGCGGCGGGAACGGCGGCGGCGGGGCGCGGGAAGAGGCCCCCGGCGAGGCACCCCCGGGGCCGCUGCCGGGCAGAGCGGGGGGCACCGGGCGCAGGAGGCGGCGCGGGGCGCCCCAGCCCACCGCCGGCGGGGUUGCCCCGGUGUCCGGGGUCGGCAGCGGCGCCAACUCCCUCCUGCUGAGGAGAGGGCGGCUGAAGAGGAAUCUGUCCGCGGCCGCCGCCGCCUCGUCGUCCUCCUCGUCGUCGUCGUUCUCGGCCGCUGCCGCCUCGCACUCCCCCGGAGCCGCCGGCCUCUCCGCCUCCUGCUCGGCCUCGGCGUCGCUGUGCACCCGGAGCCUGGACAGGAAGACGCUGCUCCUGAAGCACCGGCAAAUAAUGCAGCUGCAGCCGUCGGACAGGGACUGGGUGAGGCACCAGCUCCAGCGGGGCUGUGUGCACGUCUUCGACCGCCACAUGGCUUCGACCUACCUGCGCCCGGUGCUCUGCACUCUGGACACCACCGCGGGCGAGGUGGCCGCCCGCCUGCUGCAGCAGGGCCACAAAGGCGGCGGCGUGGUGAAGGUGCUGGGCCAGGGGUCCAGACCCGCCGCCUCCCGGUCGGGCGUUGAGCUGCCCCCCGAUGCCGGCCCCCGGCUCCUGCCGCCGGAGCCUCGGGACUUGGAGCCGCCGCCUCCGAGGAGCGCGCUGGGUGCCGUCGGGGCCCCUCCGCGCGCGCCUCCUGCCGACCUGCCUCUGCCCGACGGCGGCCGGGGCGGGUGGGCGCGCUACACCUCCCGCGCCAGCCCCGCGCCCUCGGACUCCAGCCCCGGCGAACCGUUCGCGAGGGGCCCUGCUUCUCCGCCCGGCACCCCGCGGCCUCUGGAUGGCUCGGCCGCCGGCCCAGCCUCCGACACGGAGAGCUUCAGCCUGAGCCCCAGCGCCGAGAGCGUGUCCGACCGCCUGGACCCCUACAGCAGCGGCGGCGGCUCCUCGUCGUCGUCGGAGGAGCUCGACACCGACCCGGCCCCGACGGGGGCCCCAGGACAGCCCCGCCGCCCCGCCCCGGCCUCCCCGCCUUGGCCGCAGCAGAAAGCCCCGAGGGGCGUCGACGGCCCGAGCGGGGUCGCCCGCGGUGAGCCUGCAGGGGAGAAGGUGGCGGCAGCCGCGGCCCCAGGCAGCCCCCAGUCGACCCCGGGGAGGAGCGGGGCGGCCGCAGAGAAAGCGCCCCCGCCGCCCCCGCCACCCACCCUGUAUGUGCAGCUCCACGGAGAGACCACCCGGCGCCUGGAGGCGGACGAGAAGCCAUUGCAGAUCCAAAAUGACUACCUCUUCCAACUGGGAUUUGGGGAGCUGUGGAGGGUGCAGGAGGAAGGCAUGGACUCGGAGAUUGGCUGCCUCAUCCGCUUUUAUGCAGGGAAACCUCACAGUACCGGUAGCUCUGAACGGAUUCAGCUCUCAGGAAUGUAUAAUGUCCGUAAGGGCAAAAUGCAGUUGCCAGUGAACCGAUGGACAAGACGCCAAGUCAUCCUGUGUGGGACCUGCCUGAUAGUAUCAUCUGUGAAAGACAGUUUGACUGGAAAGAUGCAUGUUCUUCCACUAAUUGGUGGAAAAGUAGAAGAAGUGAAAAAACACCAGCAUUGUUUAGCAUUUAGCUCCUCUGGACCCCAAAGCCAGACUUACUACAUUUGCUUUGAUACUUUCGCAGAGUACUUAAGGUGGCUGCGACAAGUCUCCAAGGUUGCAUCGCAGCGCAUUAGCUCAGUGGACCUCUCGUGUUGCAGCCUAGAGCAUCUGCCUGCCAACCUCUUCUACAGCCAAGACCUCACUCAUCUCAAUUUAAAACAAAACUUCCUAAGGCAAAACCCUAACCUUCCAGCUGCCAGGGGGCUCAAUGAACUGCAAAGGUUCACCAAAUUGAAGAGUCUUAACCUUUCCAAUAAUCAUUUAGGGGACUUCCCAUUAGCAGUCUGCAGUAUUCCAACCCUGGUGGAGCUGAAUGUGUCCUGCAAUGCCCUGCGAGCAGUCCCAGCAGCUGUUGGAGCUAUGCACAAUUUACAGACAUUUUUGUUGGAUGGAAACUUCCUCCAGUCCCUUCCUGCUGAGCUGGAGAACAUGCACCAGCUUAGUUAUCUUGGUCUUUCUUUCAAUGAAUUUACUGACAUUCCGGAGGUAUUGGAGAAAUUAACUGCUAUGGAUAAACUUUGUAUGUCUGGAAACUGUAUGGAGACGCUUAGGCUACAGGCUUUAAGAAGAAUGCCUCACAUUAAACAUGUGGACCUAAGAUUGAAUGUAAUUAGGAAGCUAAUAGCAGAUGAAGUGGACUUUCUGCAGCAUGUCACUCAGCUUGACCUGAGAGACAAUAAACUUGGUGAUCUAGAUGCUAUGAUUUUCAACAACAUUGAAGUUUUACACUGUGAAAGGAAUCAACUAGUGACAUUGAACAUCUGUGGCUAUUUUCUAAAAGCACUCUAUGCCUCUUCUAAUGAACUUGUUCAACUUGAUGUUUACCCAGUUCCAAAUUAUUUGUCCUACAUGGAUGUGUCAAGGAACCGCUUAGAAAAUGUGCCUGAGUGGGUAUGUGAGAGCCGAAAGUUAGAAGUUUUGGAUAUUGGCCAUAAUGAAAUAUGUGAACUUCCCGCCCGCUUAUUUUGUAAUAGCAGUCUCCGGAAACUAUUGGCAGGACACAACCAGUUGGCAAGGCUACCUGAAAGGCUAGAGAGAACCUCAGUGGAGGUCUUGGACGUGCAACACAACCAGCUCCUUGAGCUACCACCUAACCUUCUGAUGAAGGCAGACAGCCUGAGAUUCCUGAAUGCAUCUGCAAACAAACUGGAAACCCUUCCUCCAGCCACACUUUGUGAAGAGACAAACAGUAUCUUACAAGAGUUGUAUUUGACAAAUAACAGCCUCACGGAUAAAUGUGUACCCUUGUUAACAGGACACCCCCAUCUGAAGAUUCUUCACAUGGCCUAUAACCGACUUCAAAGUUUUCCAGCAAGUAAAAUGGCAAAACUGGAGGAACUUGAAGAAAUUGAUAUAAGUGGGAAUAAACUGAAAGCCAUCCCAACAACUAUCAUGAAUUGCAGGCGUAUGCACACAGUGAUUGCUCACUCAAAUUGCAUCGAAGUCUUUCCUGAAGUUAUGCAGCUCCCAGAAAUCAAGUGUGUGGACUUGAGCUGUAAUGAGCUAAGCGAAGUCACUUUACCAGAAAACCUGCCUCCCAAACUGCAAGAGCUAGACCUGACUGGAAACCCUCGCCUCGUUCUUGAUCACAAAACCCUGGAACUACUGAAUAAUAUCCGCUGUUUCAAGAUUGAUCAGCCUUCGGCAGGAGACACAUCCGGAGCUCCGGCUGUAUGGAGUCACGGUUACACCGAAGCUUCAGGGGUGAAAAAUAAGUUAUGUGUUGCAGCCCUGUCGGUGAAUAACUUCUGUGACAAUCGGGAAGCCCUGUACGGUGUGUUUGAUGGGGACCGCAAUGUGGAGGUGCCCUACCUUCUGCAGUGCACCAUGAGUGACAUUCUGGCUGAAGAGCUGCAAAAAACUAAAAAUGAAGAGGAAUACAUGGUCAAUACGUUCAUUGUUAUGCAAAGGAAACUUGGAACUGCUGGGCAAAAGCUUGGAGGUGCUGCUGUCCUUUGUCACAUCAAGCAUGACCCUGUGGACCCAGGAGGAUCCUUCACCUUGACCUCUGCUAAUGUGGGCAAGUGCCAAACAGUUCUCUGUCGAAAUGGAAAACCGCUGCCUCUGUCCAGAUCUUACGUCAUGAGCUGCGAAGAAGAACUGAAGAGAAUUAAACAGCACAAGGCCAUCAUCACUGAGGACGGCAAGGUGAAUGGAGUGACCGAGUCCACGCGCAUCCUGGGCUACACUUUCCUCCACCCCAGUGUGGUGCCGCGUCCCCACGUGCAGUCUGUGCUCCUGACCCCCCAGGACGAGUUCUUCAUCCUGGGCAGUAAGGGGCUGUGGGACAGCCUGUCCGUCGAGGAGGCUGUGGAGGCCGUGCGCAACGUGCCUGAUGCCCUGGCGGCUGCCAAGAAGCUGUGCACCCUGGCCCAGAGCUACGGCUGCCACGACAGCAUCAGCGCUGUGGUGGUGCAGCUCAGUGUCACCGAGGACAGCUUCUGCUGCUGCGAGCUCAGCGCCGGCGGGAGCGUGCCACCACCCAGUCCGGGCAUCUUCCCGCCCUCGGUCAACAUGGUGAUCAAGGACCGGCCCUCCGACGGGCUGGGCGUGCCGUCCUCCAGCAGCGGCAUGGCUUCCGAGAUCAGCAGCGAGCUCUCCACUUCCGAGAUGAGCAGCGAGGUAGGGUCCACAGCCUCCGACGAGCCCCCGUCGGGGGCCCUGAAUGAGAGCAGCCCCGCCUGCCCCAGCGAGCAGCGCUGCAUGCUCCACCCCGUCUGCCUGUCCAACUCCUUCCAGCGCCAGCUGUCCAGCGCCACGUUCUCUAGCGCCUUCUCCGACAAUGGCCUUGACAGUGAUGACGAAGAACCCAUUGAGGGUGUGUUCAUCAACGGCAGCCGGGUGGAGGUGGAAGUGGACAUCCACUGUAGCCGGGCCAAGGAGAAGGAGAAACAGCAGCACCUGCUUCAGGUGCCAGCCGAGGCCAGCGAUGAGGGCAUCGUCAUCAGCGCCAACGAGGAUGAGCUAGGCCUGCCCAGGAAGGCAGACUUUUCUGCAGUGGGGACCAUUGGGCGCCGGAGGGCUAAUGGCUCUGUCGCACCCCAGGAAAGGAGCCACAACGUGAUAGAGGUGGCUACAGACGCACCUCUUCGAAAGCCGGGAGGCUAUUUUGCUGCCCCAGCUCAGCCGGAUCCUGAUGAUCAGUUUAUCAUCCCCCCGGAGCUAGAAGAGGAAGUCAAAGAAAUCAUGAAACAUCACCAGGAACAGCAGCAGCAGCAGCAGCAGCAGCCGCAGCCCCAUCCCCAGCCCCAGCUCCAGCAGCCACCGCCACAGCGGCACUAUCAGGUGGACCAGCUGCCGGACUAUUACGACACACCACUAUGACCCGGUCUGGGCGAUAUUUACACAAUAAACUAACCAGGAAAGACUGAGUUGCAAGAGUCUCCCAGGCUCACAUUAAACCAGGGGUUUUACUCCACGUCCUUAUCCCAGACACUGCCCCCAACCUGUCUUUGCAGCUAAUCUGUAGGUUCUCUUUCUGUUGGUUAUUUUUUUAAAUACUGCUUUUCUUCUAGUGAUGCUUUUACCAAUAUGAUUUAAAUUUGUUAACUUCUUCCCCUAACAUAUCAGAUAUGUAAAGACAAAGAAGAAAAGGUUUAAUAUAUUACAGAGAAACAGUUAAUGAUAAUGUAAUAUUUUUUAAAAUGGCUUUUUGUUUGGAAGGCAGGGCAGUUGCCAUUGCUAAAUGAUUUAUUAAUAUUGUAAUUCUGUAUUUCGUGGGGGGGAGGCCUUUUUUUUUUUGUCUUGAAAAUGAUAGACAUUUGUAGAAUAUGGAGACUAACUCCUAGGAGUUGCUUUACUCUGUCAGGUGACUUAAGUCACUGGGAUUCACUAAUUUUCUCUGAGAGAACAGUUGAUUGAGAAAUUUCUAUUGUAAAUAGCUCAGUGUUGUAUAGUGAUGCUUAAAAUGUUUUGUAGUCUCGGCACAAGGACACAGCCUAAAUAACUGUCUUUUCUCCUCCCCUUUGAGGAGCCCCCUGCUCACCCCCACCUCACAAUACACCUCUCUUCAUCGAAUGAAGAGGCUGAGCAGCUGGGGGGUUCUGUCCAAAGGCGGCGGAUCGUAGGCUGCGGGACAAGAACCCGCACACACAAGGCCCUGAACCCGCUUUCCUCCUCCCCUGUCCCCAGCGUCCUGACUCUGCAGACACUUUUUAAUUGUGUUCCUUACUGCUGCCACAAUCAGCAUGAUUGUAUAGCGUUCCAUUAGACCAUUUACAUACCCAGAGUUAUAUUAAAGCAGAAUGCACAAAUGGACAUGUCAUAAUUUUUGUUAUAAUAAAUACAAAAUUUACAAGUA